AUGGUCUGGAGGACAGACAAGGGCACCAUGAUCUAUGAAGGAGACUACCUGGAUGAUGCUAAGCAUGGCUUUGGAAAGUUCACUUGGCCAAACGGAAAUGUUUAUGAGGGUGGAUGGCAGAAUGGAAAGCGACACGGAAAGGCGACCUUCGUUACGUCCACCGGCAAGCAGAAGGUUGGCUUCUGGCAUGAUGACAAGUUUGUGAAGUGGGAGGGUGACGAUGCUGAGCCCUCUCAAGCGUAA